UCUGAGAAACUCAGCUCUGAGCCAGAGUCCACCCUCCACCACUGACACAAUGACCCACUCGUGCUGCUCUCCGUGCUGUCAGCCCACCUGCUGCAGGACCACUUGCUGUGAGUCCAGCUGCUGCAAGCCCUGCUGCCCCCCAACUUGCUGGCAAACCACCUGCUGCAGGACCACCUGCUGCAAACCUACCUGUGUGACCACCUGCUGCCAGCCCAGCUGUUGCAGCAAACCCUGCUGUCAGCCCACCUGCUGUGAGUCCAUCUGCUGCCAGCCCUCCUGCCCCCCAACUUGCUAUCAAACUAGUGAAACCACCUGCUGUAGGACCACCUGCCGCAAGCCUACUUGUGUGACCACCUGCUGUCAGCCCACCUGCUGUGGGUCCAGCAGCUGUGGACAAACCUUCAGUGGGUCCAGCUGUGGCCAGUCUUGCUGUCAGCCAGCUUGCUGUGCACCUGUGUACUGCCACAGAAUCUGCUACCACCCCACAUGCUGCUGCCUGCCUGGGUGCCAAGACCAGAGCUGUGGAUCCAGCUGCUGCCAGCCUUGCAGUCGCCCUGUCUGCUGUCAGACCACCUGCUGCAGGACCACCUGCUGCCGCCCUACGUGCUGCUCCCCGUGCUGUCAGCCCACCUGCUGCAGGACCACUUGCUGUGAGUCCAGCUGCUGCAAGCCCUGCUGCCCCCCAACUUGCUGUCAAACCACCUGCUGCAGGACCACCUGCUGCAAACCUACCUGUGUGACCACCUGCUGCCAGCCCAGCUGUUGCAGCAAACCCUGCUGUCAGCCCACCUGCUGUGAGUCCAUCUGCUGCCAGCCCUCCUGCCCCCCAACUUGCUAUCAAACUAGUGAAACCACCUGCUGUAGGACCACCUGCCGCAAGCCUACUUGUGUGACCACCUGCUGUCAGCCCACCUGCUGUGGGUCCAGCAGCUGUGGACAAACCUUCAGUGGGUCCAGCUGUGGCCAGUCUUGCUGUCAGCCAGCUUGCUGUGCACCCGUGUACUGCCAUAGAAUUUGCUACCACCCCACGUGCUGCUGCCUGCCUGGAUGCCAAGACCAGAGCUGUGGAUCCAGCUGCUGCCAACCUUGCAGCCGUCCUGUGUGCUGUCAGACCACCUGCUGUAGGACCACCUGCUGCCGCCCCAGCUGUGUGUCCAGCUGCUGUCAGCCUUCCUGUUGCUGAUCACUUCACCAAAGAACCCGUCUCCUAGCAACACUUUAUAGCAACUGAGUUGCUACUUGGGGACCAAAAAUUACUUCUUACACUUUGCUGACAACUGGUAUGCUCUACCAGAAUUUGUUACCCAUCUGCCUCUUUAAAAGCUUAUAAAUCAGCUUGAUAGAGUGCAGAGGGUUUCCCCCAGUUGUCUUUCUCUGGUGUAGGAGGAUCAUGCACCAGGCAUCUUUGAUAAGGAAUUAUGUCUUAGUUUUGACUCUGAAAAUAGGACUGACCAUGUCGUACUUCUAAGUAACAUAGGAAAACAAACCCUCGUAAUGUUUCUAUAGGUUUCUGCAGCUUAUCAUAAUUAAUAUAAUCAUAUGUUUCUCUAUCAAUAUCCCCAUGGCUCUUGUACCCUGCAUUUUCCUUUUAUGAUGCCUUUGAAUUGUCUUCCUAGAUGCAGUAGUCUUGCCUGUGUGUUUCUCAAUAAAGUCUUUGCCAUAAUCUUCCUA